AUGAACCCAAACCGCCUCCUCUGGUACUGGCAAAGGAGAGUACAAAUGGCAAUUCAACCAGAACGUCGUAUUUUUGUAUGGAAAGAUAUUAAAUUAGUAUAUGUAUUGAGUACUGCUUAUCAUCCCCGUCAGAAAACAACAUGUAGAAGAACGCAGAAAGAUGGUUCAAAGUCUGACUUUUCUUGUCCCAUAGGAAUCCUGGAGUAUACCAAAAGAAUGGGAGGAGUUCAUAGAUUUGACCAGAAGAGAGGUACAUACUCCAUCUCAAGACGUAGUAAAGGAUGGUGGAUGCGAAUAUUUUACUUUUUGGUUGAUUCUGCCAUUACAAAUGCCUGUAUAAUAUACAACCAAAAUGACAAAGUGCACAACCCUAUGACCUCCUUGAAUUUCCGCACCGUGCUCGCACGUAACCUGAUAGACGACUUCAGCUCCAGGAAAAGGACUGUGGCACAAUCGCCCAACUUUGUAACUAAAAAACCAAAAGGGCCAACAAGUAGACAGAAACCCAUUCAUGGAAUACCUGAUGAACUGAGGUUGAAUGAUGUGGGGUCUCACAUGCCAAUGGAGCUACCCAAAUACAGAAGGUGCAGAGCAUGCAGCAGCAAAAACCUUAACCUUCAAGCGGGCGCGCGUAGCCGAAUCGACCGCGCUUAG